AUGCUCUGUGCGUCUCCAGACCAUUCCUCCUUUCUUCGUAUACCCUCCCUCCUUUCCCGUCAUGUGCGUAAGCCGCUUCACUCGAUCCCGAACUGGCCAUCCCCUCAUCACAACAAAUGCACCGAGCCGUCAAACAUCUGCUCUUACCCGAACCCGCCGCAGCCCGUGAAGAGAACGUACGCGUGCCAGGGCCCCGGUUGUUCGGGGACGUACACCGUGAGCUGGUGUAUGGCGCGUAAGGCAGACGGGUAUUACAGGGAGGUCUUCAGGAUACGAAGGGAAGUAGUGGCAAUGGGUGCUCAGGUCAAUGACAGUCGGGACAGCGCCGGGUCGGAGGAAAACGCAAGUCCCGAGAAGGGCAUACCCAGACCGACGCUCGGGGACAGGAGCUUUUCAUCAAUGGAUAUACCAAGGAGAAGUCUGGGCUCGCCAGGACUCUGCCGGACGACUAGGCAGGGCGUGCUCAACGGGUACGAAGGUCGGUGGCGGAAAGCCCAGGAGUAUCUGGAGGACCAGAUAGAGCAGCAGUUAUACCCGGACAAGAAAGUCCGGCAGAGGUGGUACGGUUGCGCACUCCUAAGCGUUCUUGGUACCUUACUUAUUUCAUAUUAUGGUAUCACAGGAUAUAGCCCCGGCGCGGGAUAUGUGAUAUGCAGCCAGGAUCGAGUGCUGGAGGCGCUACCUGGUCGCCCUUUCAUGAUGCAUGAUGAAGAGCGUACUGCUGUCCAGGUCCUCGCGGCGCACCUGGCCGGAAUGAAGGCCUUUCAGUACCGAGCCAUCAAAGAAAGGGGUGGCGAUUACGUUCUCGCAUAUCAGGCUUUGGGAGCUGUAGAAAUCUGA